AUGCACCACAUCGAGACUACUGGACCCCCUGUCUUCGCCCGCGCUCGACCUCUUUCCGCCAACAAAUAUAUGAGAGUUAAGAAAGAGUUUAAAUUCAUGCAAGAAAUAGGCAUAUCAUCAUCAUAUCAUCGACCUUCGAAGAGUUGUUGGGCCAGUCCACUUCACGUUGUUGCUAAAAAGAACGGUGAAAUACGACCCUGCGGCGAUUAUCGCAGUCUUAAUGCCAUCACCACCACGCCAGAUAGGUACCCGAUUCCGCGCGCUGUUCUUCAACAAAAAAUUGGCCAAAAAUGGAAACCGCUAUCCUUCUUUUCCUGCAAAUUUAGCGAAGCUCAGCAACGUUAUAGUGCUUACCACCGGGAGCUACUAUCUAUAUACAUGGCUGUAAAACAUUUUAAGUACAUGAUUGAAGGUCAACAAGUGACCGUAUUUACGGAUCAUAAGCCGCUCGUGUACGCCUUACACAAAAAAGCUACGAGUGGCAACGAUACACUAGACGCCUACGACACCUGGAUUUCAUAA